AUUCACCAAAAAACAAAAUUCUUACUCUUUCAAUCGAUUGUUUUUAAGUAAUGACGAUGAGAACAAACACUAAUUUUCUUUUUCUUGCUACAUUAUUAGUUGCUGUUCUUCUAUCUUUUGAGGUUUGCAAUGGAGCUAUAAAUGGAACAGCAUUGAAGCUGAAGUUUUACAAUGAAACCUGCCCUAAAGCUGAAAAUAUUGUAAAAACUAUUGUAGAAGAGAACGCUGAAUUUAACCCUUUCUUGGGUGCAUUACUACUUAGAGUCCAUUACCACGAUUGCUUCGUUCGGGGAUGUGAUGGAUCAAUAUUGCUUGAUCCAACAAGUGAAACUGAGCAAGUAGAGUUGCAAGCUGAACCUAAUUUAUCUUUGCUGGGACUUGAUGUUAUUGAGGAUAUUAAAACCGAACUCGAAAAGGCCUGUCCGCAGACUGUUUCUUGUGCAGAUAUCGUUGCAUUAGCUGCUCGUGAUGCGAUUUCAGCCCCAUUUGGAAGACAGAUGUGGGAGGUACCAUUAGGUAGAAGAGAUGGAAAUGUUUCACUUGCAUCUGAAGCGAUAGCCAAUUUACCUUCUCCUUCAUCAAACUUCAGUGCCCUUCUACAUCUAUUUGGUCAUAAAGGUCUCAACCUCUCCGAUCUUGUUGCUUUGUCAGGUGCACAUACUGUCGGAAUCGCACAUUGCAAUGUAAUAUCAACAAGGCUCUUCAACUUUACAGGGAAAGGUGAUACUGAUCCAUCUAUCGACCCAACUUAUGCGAACUUCCUGAAAACACGUUGUUCUGCCAACAUCAAAAAUAUAGUCGAGAUGGAUCCUAGUAGCUCGACUUCUUUCGAUAAUAAUUACUAUAAAAAUCUCAUUCUGAGGAAGGGUUUAUUUGAAUCCGAUGCAUCACUUAUUAGUAACACAUCCGCAGCUACGUUAGUGAAUCAGUUUCAAAAUGCAUCAGUAUUUUUCGUGGAGUUUGCUAGAUCAAUGAAGAAGAUGGGAGCUAUGGAUGUACUCACUGGACAACAAGGAGAGAUUAGGAAGGUGUGUUACCUACGUAAUUAAUUAAUUAGCUCAUUCUGUCAAGCUUUGAAGUCGUAGUGCAUGCUGUACCAUCCAUUGCUUGGAAGGCAUGCAUUCUUUUUUUUUUUAUUUGUCAUCAUGUGGAAUUGUGGAUUAUAAAAAAACAAAAGAAUUGUAAUCAUGAUGUGUA